UGGAUGUGGUCUAUAAUUUGAAAAAUAUAUCUAAUGUUAUAGCCUACAGUAUAUCUUUAAACGAAGGUUCAGUACAUAGAAAAUAAAAGCAAUGUGAGCUGCUCUUCAUCUCUUCUCUCACCCUCCUCUUCUCUCGCUGUAUACGGCCAAAGGGGGAGGGGGGAGGCACACACACACACACACACUGCUGAUGUCAGACUCCAGUCAUGUCGACCCUCCUCAGCACCAUCAGCACCAUCAUCUUCGUGGCUUUUCUACAGAGACCUAACUGAUGAUGGAUCUAUUCCGCAGAGGAGAGCUGGGGCUGCUGGGAGGAGGAGAGGGGCUGAGAGACGAUGUGGGCAUUCCUGGGAUCAGCUGGUCGGCUAGUCGGCUGCCGGAGGACAUGUACCCGGCGUCGGGAUUGGCCCUGGCCGCCGCCUAUCAUGACAUCAAGACCCGGCUGGCGAGUCUGGAGAGGGAGAACAGCAGCAUCAAGAGGAAGCUCAAACACUACGAGGUCAAGGUGGAGAGCAGCAUCCACACAUUUCCUAUGAGCAGUGACUUUGGAGGGGAGAGGAUACUGUGCUGUUCCUGUGAGCCUAUCAUCAAGGAUACCAGUGUAAUCCAAUCAGAGACCACCAACCUCCAACAGAGGAUCAACUCUCUCACUCAGGAGCUCCAGAAGAGUAAGGAAAGAGAGGAGAGGCUGGAGGAAGUCAUCCAGGCUUAUGAGAAGAUUCACUUGGAGAAAAGCAACGUCCAGAGAGACCUAGACAAGAUGACGACUCUAGCGGAGCAGCACGUGGAGCAGAUCUGCAGUCUGGAGUCGGCUCUCAGACAGAGAGAAACUUCCCUUCAGAAACUCAGCGUUCAACUCCGCAGCAAAGACGCACUUCGGUCUCAGCUCCACGCCAGCCUGGACGUACCCAGAGAGGGCCGCGGGCCAACGCUGCAGAGCUCCCGCAGUCUGGACGCCCUGUCCGACCUGAAGCUGCAGCGGCUGGAGGCCGAGCUGGAGGGGGCACGGCACCAGGCCGAGGUAGCCUGUCAGAGGGAGAAGGAGCUGAGGGCCGAGUUUCAGAGGCUGCAACAGGAGGUAGCCCAGCUACAGGAAGCACAGAGACGGUCACGGGAGCUGUCCGCACACUGCGAGCACUGUGACGUAGAGUGGAUAAAGAAAGCCGGGGACGAACAAGUGAACCUGGCAUUAGCCUACACUGAGCUAACGGAGGAGCUGGGUCGUGUUCGCCGUCUGGCGGUGAAACAGAGUGACCUUCUACGACAUGUCUCCCAGGAGCCUGCCCCUCGUCCUACCCCUACUCCUCAGCAUCUUUCCCCCACCUCCCCCCAGCGCCCCUCUCUCUCCCCUGACAGGCUCCUCCCCACCCCUUCUCCUCCUCUCUCCACAAGCGACGGCCCCGCCUCCUACUCCCAUCAGCCAUCCUGCAGCCGUCUACGAGCCAAGUUCCAGGGUCGUCGUAGUUACUCGGAGGUAUCUGACCCGUCAGGCAUUCACAGGCAUCCAGCUCGGCUGAUGAGAGAUCCAGUAUCCACCCUCCCCAAGCCCAGGCCCCUCCUGGGGGAGAAGCAUGGUUACGGCCUAACCAAACCUCAGCUCCGGGCCUCCUUGGUGGGCCUGGUCAGACCGGCCUCGGCUCACGGAGCUGGAGGGGAGAGAGGAGGAGGAGGUGGGGGAGGAGAGAGAGAGAGAGGCGGGGGGAGCAGUCUGAGCAGCAGUCCACAUCACUGUGCUCUGGAGCGGGGCUUCCCUCUGGCUUCUGAGGUCCACCACUUCUGUCGCCGUGAUAACCCUCCUGAGCCCACCCCACUGGUGACACCACCACAGUCCUCUGACGACGAAGAGGACGUAUGUACAUAUCUAUCGCCGGCCACCAGCCCGCCUCGGACGCUCGGCGCAAUCGGGAUUGGCUCAUUGUCGCCUAGGGAACAGCCCCUACACCCCUCGUUCUCGUCUCCUAGGAAACAGCCCCACCAUCCCUCCUUCUCGUCCCCCGAGGGCCCUGCCACACUCUCCUGCCAUCUGCCUCCCUACAUGAACACUGAGCAUGCUCAGUCAUGGCCCUCCAUUAACCUAUGGAUGGAGUCGGAAGAGAGUGCCGUUCGGAGCUGCCCUCUGUGUCAGCUGACCUUCCCAACUGGUUACCCUGACGACGCCCUCAUCAAACACAUCGACUCCCACUUGGAGAACAGCAAGAUCUGACUUUUUUUUAAAUCAAGCAUUUUACAUCCAUCGUCACCUGAGAUGGACACCAGGCCCGUCUUGAUUGUUUUCUAUUUAGGUUUUAUCCAGGAAAGGUUUGAUGAGCCUGCAUGCUUCUUUCUAUGGAACUCUAUGGCCCAGUAUAGCCGCAGUCUUCUGGUAUACAGGGAGGUUACAGGCCUCGCUCAAGACGAGCACUUCCUUCCAUCCAGAUUGUGGAAUCUAACCAGCAACCUUCCAGUUACAGAACACGUCUGUUAUUCUAUAGCCUCCAGGCUCAAGCGUUCAUCAUUUUAUUUCCAGGUUGUAAAUCUCUUCAUUUUGUGUUCACCGUGGACGUACCGUACAUACAUCGCCUAACAUCUCUCACAAAGCUCCAUAUCAACAAUUCUGUAUCAAUUGGUGUUUUUUUUCUUUCACAACCAAACUCACCAUUUGUACAUAGACCGGAGUGCUAAAGAAAUAACAGAUGUAGAAAAAGAGACAGGAGCUGCUGACCCUCCAUUGUUAAUGUAUAAGACGUCCUGGAAACAUCUGACACAUGUGAUGUCAGAAGCACCUGUUGUUUUCAUGUCCCAACAUGCAUCAGACCACCUGCAUGUCACUGCUCUCAUGUCAUGUGCAAUAAACUAUUGUGAGGUAAAGUUAUUCAGAGGUUAAAAAAGAAGUAAUUGUUUGGAUGUGAUAGCAAAAUGAACACUAUAAUAUAGUCUACAAGUCUAAUAGCCAAAUACAGUAUAUGACACUAGGCUGGUUAAAGGAUAGUUUAAAGGAUACAGCAAAAAAAAGUCAUGACAAUGAUCAGAGCUAGUGGAGUUCAGAAACAAACUACAUGUAAACUUGAGAGUGUGAAACGCUCCAACUGUAAAAAGUAAUUUAAAGUUACUGUGAGGAACUUUGAACUGGUUAUGAAACAGUCUCUGAGUAAUACCGAUGCCUCUAUCUGACCUACAUAAAUAAACCAGACCAUCAGCAAGGAGAUUGGCUCUUUCGCCUCGCUGGGAGCCAACACUGACACCACGCUGCUGGAGGCCCAGACUGUCAGACCCUGCUGCAGUAAGAUGAGAGGUUUCCUAAAGGGACUCUGGUUCUUGGAAACACUACCGCUUUUGUCCACAGGGACCGCCAAAAUCAACUCAAAAUUAAAGUUCAUCGUAGAAGCUUUGAUGAAAAAAUGAAAACUAUACAGCAAAAAAGCACCUACUGCCGUUUCUUGGUGUGGUAAUGAAAGUGCCUUGGUUAAACCACAACCUUCAUUUUGAAAAAGCAGAGAUCUAUGGAAACCAUUUCCGCGUCUUGAAAAUAACAAUAUACCACAUACGUUUUUUUUUUUUUUCAUUUUGAAAUGUUUUUUUCUCAUAAUUGUUACUUAUUUUAUGAUUAUAACUAUUGUAUUGAAUGAUUAUGGGAAUAUUUGUAAAAUGAGAUUUAUCAUAAUCAUUUAUUGUUAAGAUUUUUGUCAUUUUCAUUUUUCAUUGUUUUUUCCCCUGUCAAUAUUAUGAGAAAUGAUCUCAUAAUCAUGAGGAUUAUGAUUACUAAUUGUGAGAAAAGUUAAGACUUAUACUAUCGUAUGAUUAUGAAAAACUUAUGAGGUAGUAGCUUUAGUUAUAAGAAAAGUAGACUUAUAAUUUAUGACAUAUCUCAUAAUUAUGGGAAGGUUUCUUAUAAUUAUACAAAUUUUGAAAUUCAUAAUCAUGAGAUAGUAUCUCAUAAUUAUGGGAAACUAUUAUUAAAUAUUAAUGAUGACUUAACUUGUGAUUUAUGACCUAUCCAGUAAUUAUGACUUAGUAUCGAUAAUUAUGUGAUAAUAUCUGAUAAUUAUGAUGUAGCAUCUUAUCACUUAGUGUCUCAUAAUUAUGGGGAAAAUUAUGACCUGCGAGGAAAGAAAAUUCAUAAGAAUAUAUAAGAGUAUUUGAUCACAUAAUUAGAGAACUCUGACUUAUAUUUAAUGUUUCUUAUAAUUCUGACUUAAGAACUCAUAAUUAGGACUUAAUAUUAUGGGAACGUGUAUCAUAAUUAUCGAGUCCCAUUUUCAAAUAAAUAUUUGAGGUAGAAACCUUACAGCUUAAUUCUAAUAAUAUAUGGCAUACCUCAAAAUGAUGACUUAGCAUCUCAUAAUUGUAAGCUACUAAUAGAUACUAAGACAUAAUUAUGACCUAUUAUCACAUAAUUAGAGAUAGGAAGUCAUAUUUAUUAGUUUUUCAUAUUUAUGAGAAAUGGUGUACGACUUAGUCCAGAAUUUGAAAAAGGCAUAACAUAACAUAAGGCAUAACAUAACAUAAAGCAUAACAUGUUUUACAAUCCAGUUUGACAUUACAUUUUACACCUGAAAUAUCACGCUUUGUCAUCACUUAUCACAUCUGGGCUACUACACUGAAAACACCUGGACUCAUCUUGAGAAAUUAUGGGCAGAUAUUUAACUGACUGAUUUUCUGACUCUUAGCUGUUAUUGUUUCUAGGAUGAAAGCCAAACUUAUUAAGCAAAAAAAAAAAAAAGAGAGAAUCUAAUAUGAAUCAAGCAAAAAUAAUCUUCAUUAUAAC